UGUCACCAGGAGGACAAAACAGAGACCAGAGUCUAUAAAACCCAGUAUUGUGUCUAUGAAGAGCAGCAGAUCCCUGAUGCAACCCCCAGAAUUAAGUGGUGGAACAGUGACCUCUGACCCCAGUAUCAGCAGGAGGAAGGGACAGAGAAGAACCCAGUGGUGUAUCUGUGAAGAGUAACAGAUCCUUUUUGCAACCCCUAAGUUUCUGUGAUGAAACAGUGACCUCUUAUACUUGGCAGGAAAGAACUGAAGCACACCUACAGAAACACACACUUGAAACUGUAGACCUGCAGAGAGUCAAAGACCAACACAAAACCAGCAUGAAGAUCAAGUAUGAGAGAUUAUUUGAGGGAAUGAAACUCCAGGAGAAUGAAACCCCCUUGAACAGGAUCUACACACAGCUCUUCAUCAUAGAGGGAGAGAGUGAAGGAGUAAAUGAAGAACAUGAGGUUUUACAGAUGGAGAAAACAGCCAGAACACAACACUCACAAGACACUCCAAUCGACUGCAAUGACAUCUUUAAAGCCUCCGCUGAAGCAGGAUCUGAGCAGAAAGAUCAGAUCAAGACUGUUCUUACUAAAGGCAUCGCUGGAAUCGGAAAAACCGUCUCUGUGCAGAAGUUCAUCCUGGACUGGGCCGAGGGAAAAGCCAAUCAGGAUGUAGAUUUCAUGUUUGUGCUUCCAUUUCGAGAGCUGAACUUGAUCCAAGAUCAUCAGUACAGUCUUCACAGACUUCUGCUGGACUUUCAUCCUGAACUUCAAGAUCUGGACUCACAGAUUUAUGAGGAGUGUAAAGUUGUGUUCAUCUUUGAUGGUCUGGAUGAAAGCAGAAUUACACUGAUGUUUUCAGACGCUCAGAAAGUUUGUGAUGUGACUGAGACUUCAUCAGUGGCUGUGUUGAUGUCAAAGCUCAUGAAAGGAGAGCUGCUUCCCUCUGCUCUCAUCUGGAUCACCUCCAGACCAGCAGCAGCCAAUCAGAUCCCCUCCAAAUACAUCCACCGUCUGACAGAAAUUCAGGGAUUCACUGAGCCUCAGAAGGAGGAAUAUUUCAGGAAGAGAAUCAGUGAUGAGCAUCAAGCCAGCAGAAUCAUCUCACACAUCAGAAGGUCAAGAAGCCUCCACAUCAUGUGCCACAUCCCCAUCUUCUGCUGGAUCUCAUCCACUGUGCUUCAGAAGCUCCUGGAAGAAGAUCUGAGAGCAGAAAUCCCUCAAACUCUGACUGAAAUGUUCAUCCACUUCCUGCUGAUUCAGAUCAACAUGAGGAAGCAGAAGUAUGAAGAGAGAGAUCCAGAGAAACUCCUGCAGUCCAACAGAGAAGUGAUUGUGAAACUUGCUGAAGUGGCUUUCAAACAGCUGAUGAAGGGUAAUGUGAUGUUCUAUGAGGAGGACCUGAUUGAGAGCGGCAUAGACGUCACUGAUGCCUCAGUGUAUUCUGGGAUUUGCACUGAGAUCUUUAAUGUGGAAUCUGUGAUUCAUCAGAGUAAAGUCUACAACUUCAUUCAUCUGAGCGUUCAGGAGUUUCUCGCUGCUUUCCAUGUGUUUUACUAUUAUGUGAGUACAACUAUGGAAGGAUUGAGGAAUUUUGCUUCAUUACAAAAUUUGCUUAAAUGUGCAGUAGAUAAAGCUCUAGAGAGUGAGAAUGGACAUCUGGAUCUGUUCCUGCGGUUCCUGCUGGGCGUCUCACUGGAGUCAAAUCAGAGACUCUUACAGGAUCUACUGACACACACAGAGAACAGCUCAGAGAGCAUCAGGAGAACCACACAGUACAUUAAAGAGAUGAUUAAAGAUGGACAUGAACUCUCCACUGAAAGAUCCAUCAAUCUGUUCCUCUGUCUGCUGGAAGUGAAAGAUCAGACUCUGUCCAGAGAGAUUCAGGAGUUUGUGAAAUCAGACAAACACUCAGAGAAGAAACUCUCUCCUGCUCACUGCUCAACAAUCACCUACAUGCUUCAGAUGUCAGAGGAGCAACUAGAUGAGCUUGUUCCAAUGAAAUACAACACAUCAGACGAAGGGAGAAGAAGACUGAUACCAGCUGUGAGAAACUGCAGGAAAGCUCUUAUUGCUGGCUGUAACGUGACUGCUCAGGAUUGUGAAAUUGUAUCAUCAGCACUCCAAUCCUCAAACUGUGUCCUGAGAGAGCUGGAUCUGAGCAACAAUGACCUGCAGGACUCAGGAGUGAAGCUGCUCUCUGAGGCACUGAAGAGUACAAACUGUCAGCUGGAGAUACUGAGGUUGUCUGGCUGUAUGGUGACAGAGGAAGGCUGUGGUUAUUUGUCUUCAGCUCUGAGUUCAAACCCCUCACAUCUGAAAGAGCUGGAUCUGAGCUAUAAUCACCCAGGACCAUCAGGAGUCCAGCUACUCAAACACAAACUAGAGGAUCCAAACUCCUCACUGCAGAUGCUCAAUUUUGACCAUGGAAACCCUUUGAGAAUCAUCCCGGGACUGAGAAAAUAUGCCUGUGAUCUCACACUGGAUCCAAACACAGCACACACUCAACUCGUCCUGUCUGAAGGGAACAGAAAGGCAAAACACGUCCAAGAUCAUCAGCAGUAUCCUGUUCAUGAAGAGAGAUUUGAGCAGCAUGAGCAGGUUCUGAGUCAAGACAGUUUGACUGGACGCUGUUACUGGGAGGUUGAAUGGAGCGGAUGGGCUUAUAUAGCAGUAACAUAUAAAGGAAUCAACAGGAAAGGAGGAAGUGAAUCUUGGUUUGGAUACAAUGACAAAUCCUGGAGUCUGUACUGCACUGAAAACAGAUAUUCUGCCUGGCAUGAUAAUAAGAAAACUGAUAUACCAGCCCCUUCAUCCUCUAAUAGAGUAGGAGUGUAUGUGGAUGAGUCGGCUGGCACUCUGUCAUACUUCAGCGUCUCUGACACACACACACUUACACACUUACACACAUUCAACACCACAUUCACCGAACCUCUGUAUGCUGGGUUCAGGGUGUUUAAAUCCUCAUUGUCUCUGUGUCAGUUUAAAUAAUCUGAUGUGGAAACAACUGAGCUGUCAAAAACAAAUUGUCUAUAUUUUCAAGCAGUAAGAAACUUAGAUUUUUCCUAUUUUUCUUACAUAACUUACAAAUAUUAGAAAGUUUUGAUGCCUUCAGUGUUGCUUUUUGCUUUUACCUUUUUAAAUGCUGGUGUACAGCUAAACAUUGAGCAAAUAUAUUUUCCCAAGUUGCAGUAUAAGGAUUUAAGUAUUACACAACACCAUGUUUGAAAUAAGAGUGUUAGUUUGUGUGUGUGUGUGUGCGUGUGUGUGUGUGUGUGUGUGUGUGUGUGUGAGCAUGCAUCUUAUGACUUGUGCAAAGAGAGAUCCAUAUUUUUCUCUAGGAAGGUGAAUUUGUUUCCCUUCUUUUGUGAUGAUUAAAAGCACAGAAUGACAUAAGGUGUUUUUUUUUUGUUGUUGUUGCUACCUUGGCAUGUUAAACUUUAUACUGUAGUUUUCUUUUCCUGUUUUGAAUUUUUUCUUUUCAUGUAACCUAAAAAUGUGGUUUUAUUAAGGUCAAAAUAAAUAACAAGCAGUAUUCAUAUUUCUGAACCUACAUGAUGUAGGCAUCAGAUCAGGUGAAAAUGUCUCUUUAAUGUAACAUCUGCACAGUGUGACAAAACAGAGUUACUGGUUUUCCUCAAUAAAUCUUUGUACAUGAUGAAUCA